AUGGUUGCGCUGCGCGGCGGUGGCAGUGUUGGUACUUCAAAACCUCUCGAGUCCAACUCGAAAGCCCUUGGAAACGUACCCACCAUUUGCUACCACUAUGGUGGAUUGACACCAUUGGGUCCAAUGGGCUGGGUUGAGCCUAUCAAUGUAGCAGAAUGUACUGAAAUUUGA